GCGCAGAGGAAGGCGGCUACCCUGGACAGCGCAUCGCGGCCGCGCGGCCAUGGAGCAGCUGAAGGCCUUUGAUAAUGAAGUCAAUGCUUUCUUGGACAACAUGUUUGGACCACGAGAUUCUCGAGUUCGAGGGUGGUUCCUGCUGGACUCUUACCUCCCCACCUUCACCCUCACCAUCAUGUAUCUGCUCUCAAUAUGGCUGGGUAACAAGUACAUGAAGAACAGGCCUGCUCUUUCUCUCAGGGGAAUCCUCACCUUGUAUAACCUCGGAAUCACACUUCUUUCUGCAUAUAUGCUGGUGGAGCUCGUUCUCUCCAGCUGGGAAGGAGGCUACAACUUGCAGUGUCAGAAUCUGGACAGCGCAGGAGAAGGCGAUAUCCGGGUAGCCAAGGUCUUGUGGUGGUACUACUUCUCCAAACUGGUGGAGUUCCUGGACACGAUCUUCUUUGUCCUUCGGAAAAAGACCAGUCAGAUCACCUUCCUUCACGUCUAUCACCAUGCGUCCAUGUUUAACAUCUGGUGGUGUGUUUUGAACUGGAUACCUUGUGGUCAAAGCUUCUUCGGACCAACCCUGAACAGCUUUAUCCACAUCCUCAUGUACUCCUACUAUGGGCUGUCUGUGUUCCCGUCCAUGCACAGGUACCUUUGGUGGAAGAAAUACCUCACGCAGGCCCAGCUGGUACAGUUUGUACUGACCAUCACGCACACGCUGAGUGCCGUGGUGAAGCCCUGCGGCUUCCCCUUUGGCUGUCUCAUCUUCCAGUCUUCCUACAUGAUGACACUGGUUAUCCUGUUCUUAAACUUCUAUAUUCAGACAUACCGAAAAAAGCCGGGGAAGAAGGAGAUGCAAGAAGGAGCCGCAGGGAAAGAAGUGAAGAACGGUUUCCCCAAAGCCCACUCCAUCGCAGCUAACGGCGUGAUGGACAAGAAGGUGCAAUGAGGUGAAGUGCCGGGAAGCACAGCCUGAGGCGACAGAGGCGAACAGAUGAGCUUGUUUUAAAGCAAAGACUGAAUUGAAAGUUGUAUGUUUUAGCAUAAACUAAUUCCUUUUGAGUUUGUAAAUCAUUUGUACCAGAAUGUAUUAUACUAUAUUGCUAUUAGGUUACUCUAUUCACUGGAGCGAUGCCGACCGCAACAAACCUCGGAAGAGGCGCACAGCUCCUCUCCUGAGCUCUUCGUAACGCCUUAUUCAUGUAGAAAACCGGGAGACUCAGGCUUUUUCAUGGCAAGUCUUCAGAGUUAAUUUUCUUUAGAUUAAACAUGUAAAACUGUUAAUUGUAUUGUACAUGUCAGGGUCUGUUCUAGUCUAUGUCAGGCAAUAACUGUCAGUGCAGAAAUCGAUUAGUCCACUAUGGCGUAAGGCAUCAGCCCCAGGAAGCAUUUAAAUGGGAUCCUUAGCAAGACAGAAUCUAGCAAAACCCCUUCUUCUCUCAAGCCAGGAGUCUCAUCUGCUACAUUUUUUUUAACCACCUCUGAUUUUAAACUUAGUGACAUGGUAAUGAAAUUUGUCCAUCUUCCACAUAAUUUGAAGGUUAGCCAUUCUAGGAAGGAAUAGCUUCUUGAGCUGGUUGUAGUGGCACCCAUGUGUGACUCCAGCAUUUGGGUCUCGAGACAGCCUGGGGUAUGCAGGCACAAGACCCUGUCUCAACCAGAAAAAAAAAAUUGUUUGCCAAAUCAUCAUUACUCAGGGGCUUUGGACAGGAGCUGUCUCUCAGUUUCAAUUGGCUUCCUAAUUCACCCAUUCCUGUCUACCUCCCUGGUUAGUCUGGAUUCAUGGAGCUCCGCCCCCCAUGUCCAGACCCAGUGCUGACACACAGCUGCCACGCCCUUUCUGAACGAAGGCUGGAGUCCAAUUGCAGUUCUCCUUGGCACAGAAAUGCAACUGGAAUACUUACGAGUCAUAGUCCACAGAGACCCAGGGCAUACACAGACCACAUCCUAGUGUCAACUGUUACCACUGGGCCUGCUCGUGAACGUCAUUAUUGCAAGUAGUUGCUGUCGAUCUGCAGGAGUUAAAUUUAGGUUUCGGAAAGGAGAACAGGAUGUAGUAGUUUGGAAAGAUCCCUUGGGGUGGGAAUAAGCCAAAAUGAUGUGACUGGCCCCAGAAGCAAUGCUUUCCCUGCUCAGAACUGUGGUCUCUGUGGAGAAGCUAGUACAGAGGCAGACCAAGGCACUGGACUACUUCCUUUUCCUCAAACGGAGGAAACCACUAUUAAGCUCUACCAAGCAUGGAAAAGUGCAUUUUUCAAAAACGUACACAAAACGUAACUUACUUAGACUCUUUCCCUCCAUUUUAGCAAAUAUGUUCUUGGUUCAUGGCACUGGCAUCCAGCACACAGGCACCGGGUGGGCGUUCCUCAAGUGCCAACAGUGGGGCCUGCCCAACCCUCUUCCCUUUCUGGGCAAGCUUCCGUUUUAACUUUUCCCUGUUAAAAAUUGUACUGAUGUUUUAAACUCGUAAGUAUACCACCCUUCUCGCUGGUGUAUUUUAAAAAUACCACAGUCCGAUGUCUUGUGCCAUUUCUCCUUGUCAUUCCUACUGAACAGACUUCUGUCUGGUGACCACCUAUGCUUCAAUGCGUUUUCUAAACAAUUUUCUCCAACUGAUCUGCUCCUAGGUGCUUUAUCACCACCACCUCUGGUGACUUAGACUCAAGUUGGUGUCUUAUUCUCUCCCAAGAAUUCAUUUUAAACGUUAGCUUUGAGUAAGUUAUUGUCCUUCUAUGACAAGACCAAAGGGACAAACUCCUUGGUGCACUUGGAGUUCAGCUUUAGUUUUCAAACACGAUCUGAAAUCUGUUACUAAAAUGAAUUUUGGGUAAAACUGAGACUCAAGAGGCGUCACUGGGCACUGCACCAGAUUAUUCUUGCUUGCCCGUGAGAGCACCAUACCUUCAGAUUGGGAUCUUCGCGUGACCUCCAUCUUUGUGGCACAGAGAUCGUUGCCUUCCUGUGGCAGAUCAACAAUGGCAGCUCAAAGUACCAGCCGUCUUUAGAGCUCCCAGAGCUCAGCUCAGUGCAGCACUAAGCCUUAAACCACCCGAGGGCUGACAAACCAUGUCGAGCUAUGAAAUCUGCGCUGAAAAAAGCGGGAGCUGGUAAAUAUUUUAACCCAUUCAUUCUUAGUGUGAAUUUUCUGAAAUAGAAGUAUAAAAAAAAUUGUCUCUACAAUCUGAUUUUAAAACGUGUGUUUUCCCAAGUAAAUCCCCCUUUAUUCAUGAGAACGAAAGUGCUUGGAUACUAUAAAACCUUAAUUUCCCCAACUUUUAAAAUAAAAUGGAAUUUUUGCUGAGUGAAUUAAGCAUAGAAAAUGUCAACCCAUCAGAAUUAUAUUUAUACAUAUUGGUGGAUAAGUUCCUGUCUUCCCACAUCAGAGAAUUAUUUUUUUUACCAAAAUGGGCAGAAUAGCAUUUUGUAUGUCAGACACCAUUCUUUUCUAGUCCUUCCGAACAUUCCUGUGUCAUUUAAGAAUGUUAGUAGAGGUCGCUUCUUUGGAAAUUGGGGACUUUUUGUUUUCCUUUGAAAGUAUGGCAUCUGAAGAACACAGUAUCAUGACUCGGGGGGAAAGGGAGACAGAAGCCAUUUUUCUUUUAGAUGAAAAGCAUUCUGUGUGAUUGUUGUAUAAUAAAUUGAUUUUUACACUAAA